CUCUUAAAGAGUCAUUUUCUCCCCGUAUAACCACUAAACCGAGGGAGGUGAAGAAGAAGAAGUAAAAUACUAUUCUCUUUUGAAAAUGGCUGCUUAUUGAUAAAUAGGAUUAUAUACAUACAAUUUUGAAAGAGUUUUUUUGGCAGCGUAAUUAUAAUAUAUUGGGGAGAUGGGUUCGUGCGUUUCAAUCCACAGAAACCCGGAAGCCGCGAUGAAGCUCCGUUUUUCAGUCGGGUCUUCUAAAAAGGAGGAACUUUUGAUCCCUUCUCCCGUCAAGGAGAAUUCCGAUAAAGUCAACGGCGGUGAUCGCGCCGUUUCUGACUUGCCACUCAAGUCUCGAUGGUCGUCUCCUCGUUUUCGCGACGUUGCUGGUAGCAAAGACGAAGCAUUCUUCGAUUCCCAACCAUGGUUAGAUUCGGAUUGUGAAGAGGACUUCUUAAGCGUUAACGGCGAUUUCACCCCGUCCCGUGGAAGUACACCUGUCCACCACAAAUUCUCGUCGGCAAAUGUAUCAACUAAGUCCCUCAAUAUGGAAGAAACAUUUGUCUCUGUAGAUGAAGAAUCUCCUCCCGGUAAUAAGAAGAAGAGGCUUUCGGAUCUGUUCAAAGAGAGCUUGCGCACUAACCAGUACGUAAUAGUUGAGGAAAAUGCAGCAAAAACCGAUAUUGGAGCUAACAGUACUAAUGGAGUGCUCAAAACAGAGGAAGAAUCGGUUGAGUCUGCACAGUGUUGCCUUCCGAGUUUACGCUCGAGUCAUAGCUUUGAUGAAAAGAAGAAGAAAACGAGCCCUUCUGCUGAAAGAUGAACUCUGUUGAAUUUUAUUUUUGUUGGAACUAUGUAAAUGGUGAGAGGUUUCACUCACUUAUAUGAAACAAUCAAAUACAUAUUUAUCACUCACUACAAGUACGUUUUUAUUGUAAAGCACGAACAUAUUUUGUUCUCCGUUAUGGGGAUCGUUUUUCGCGAAUAAGGAUGUGAAUGAGGUUAGUAAAAGUUAAUUUUAUAUA